UCAUUCAAGAAAAAGGUUCAGAGCUCUGUCUAGUGGGUCUAGAUGACCCAACUCCCAAUGUUAAAGUGCCUAGGAUAGCACAAGGGUUAAGAAAGCAUCAGCUUCUCCUCUGAGCUGCAUGCCUUCAUUCAGCUCUGCCUUCUCAAAAGGGACACUUAAUCGUUUUAUUUACUAAUCAAACCCUUCAGGCUUAUUCCUUCUUCUAAGUUAACUUGUAAUACAAGUUUUUUGUUGACUCGGCUAGUUGCAGCCCUCAAACGCCACGCCCCCACAGCCAGAGACCCAAUAUCCCCAGCUGGAAGUGCAGCACAAAUAAAGACAGUUGAUGCUGAACUUCACCUACAGAUCAACAUGCAGACGGUGUGUUUCUCAGCAGGACACAAGACAGCAGCAGACGGCAGUUACUGGACCUGCAGGAACUCCAAGAACCAUCCUGUGUUUUAGGGAGACUGCUCUCUAACAUCCUUCAACACUCCACUAUGGGUCAAAAGAUCAGCAUUCCCACCUCCAACUCCUCCAAGAACGAUGCCUUCCUGUUGACCAACAACAGCAGACCUUCUUUGGACCCCCAUACAAAACAUCAACCAAGCAUUUUCAGCAUGUUGAUGAAGCCCCUGAUCACCAGGCCUGAUGAUCCCGUACCUCUCAUCAGUAACUGCAUCUCGACUGCCUCAGCCAGAACCCAGGAGUUUCUUCUCUUCAAAGAUCCAGAGGCCAAGUUUCAACCAAGUCCCCACACUCUAACACAGGUCUUCCUGAUGACUUACAUAACUCAAAGCGUCAACAUCAACCUGACAGACAUUUUCAACUGCACGGCCAUGACCCCCGAGCAGCAAAUACUCCUGGGUGCUGACUGGGUAUGGGCCAUACUGGAGAAGCCCACCAAGAACCCCAAAACCCAGAUUGCUGUACGGGUCCUGCACCUGCCCGAGAGGGACGGAGCUAAGGUGAGCCCAGUUACAGCAGAGGACUGCAGUGAAUCCAUCCGGAUGGCCUGGAUGGAGUCCAGAAACAAGAACCUGUGCGAGAGGAUGGUGGACUUCUGCACCUCUAUCGGCAAAGAUUGCUACGCUCUCUUCCUGUUCUUUGGAAGAAUGGAUGACAAAGACAACAUCUACGGAGUCCUCAGCAACAACUUUGACGCAGCCAUUGGAAAGUCUAGCAAGAUAGACAGAACCUUCAUUGAGAACUUCUUCAAAGGUUGGAGGCAUUUUCAUACACCUUCAGAAAUGAUCCGGACAAUUUUCGCCAGGGAAACAGAUGACCCCCUCACGCUGGUGAUCAAAUUCAGCUGAAGCAGAGCAGACAUGACAACCCAAGCAUCUACCACGAAGGGACCACUUUGUCCAAGCAGCUACCAGUGGGCCGAGACUGCAUGACACGGAUAGUUUGCAAAGGAGAUCCCAAACCUUAUCUUUUGAAAAUGGUAGCAGAGUUGUUUCAAAGUCAUCUUAGAUUAUUUUCAAUUUUCUUUCCGCAGAUCAGAAGAAGCAGGACGUGACUUCUAAGUUGGGGGAAAACAGCGUGUAGACAGAUGUAUGCAGAAAACUGAAAGGAAAUGAUCAAAUCAGUGACAAUUUGUUGGAUAAAUGUUCCAUAAACAUAUCCUCCCCUUUCUGACUCCUGGAAACUUAUCUGGGAGGAGUUUGAGAUGGAUUUGAGACACUGACAAUGACUGCUACAAGGAACAGAUUUGUCCUGGAGAAACUUUUGAGGAUUAAAGUUUUUAAAGAACACAAGAGUGAACUCGGGCUGCACGGUGGAGCAGUGGUUAGCGCUCUUGCCUCACAGCAAGAAGGCCCCCGGUCCCCC